AUGACGGAAUCGGUUGCACCCACUACCGCCGCUCCGGAACCUCCCAAGAAGGUCAAGCAAAGCAAGCGACCGUCCCCGGAAGAGAUCGAGGCAAAGCGACGCGAGAGGGCUGCCAAGAAGGAAAAAGAAGCCGCGGAAAAGGCUGCCAAAGAGGCGGAGCUUGCCGCCGCCAUCGCUGCCAACGGCAAGAUCCCCAACGGACACCUUGAUGAGCACGGCAACAUUCUCUUUGUUCCGCGUGACUGGGCUCCUGUCGGCGGAGUCGACUCUCAGCCAAGUAGCUCGCCGCCAAAGCAGAAGGUCCGUAUCGUCAGCUGGAACAUCCUGGCACAAGGCUUGGUGCGAAGGACGCUCUUCCCUGGCUCAGAUUGCCUCAAGUUCAAAGAUCGUUCAAUAGGGCUUACCGCAGAGUUCUCAAGUCGCACGGGCCAUGGCUGGGAUGUGGGCUGCUUCCAAGAAGUGGAUCGCAUGGACGUACAUGGCGAGACGCUCAAGAAGGACGGUUUCAGCUACGUAUACGAAAAGGGUUACCGCCAAAAGCAGCACGGUCUGCUCGUGGCCUGGAGACAAGAUUUGUUCGGCGAACGCCCUCAUAGCCAGCUCACGAUCGACCUCGAUGCCGAGAGUGUCGCACCCGCGUCCGAACCGGUCAGGACGGCGUGUUCGAGGGUCACCCGCAACGUGGGACUGUUUGUCGCUCUUCGCACUCAUAAGGCUGGUACUUCCAGCCCUGGCCUUAUCGUGGCAACGACACAUCUCUUCUGGCACCCUAUGCAUGCAUAUGAAAGAGCGCGUCAAUCGGGCAUCUUGGUGCGAAGAUUGCAAGAGUUUCGAGCCGAGCUAGGUGAAGAAUGGCAGAGCGCACCUUGUAUCCUAGCGGGGGACUUCAACGAUCAGCCGCAUUCUGCAACCUAUCACCUUUUGACCGGUCGCAAGCUGACGCAACAUUGCUUCGACGAAGUGGCGUCUUCCAGUGUCAUUCACAAGAGCAUCGACGAGCGGAGGGAGAAGGGCAACGUCUCGAAUGGCUUUGCACCUGGUACCACCGAACCGGCGCGAGAGGCUCCGGCUAACAAGGCAGUCCCGGCGAUGAGCGAGGUGUUUGACGGAUUGCAGAAGCGGGCUCAGGAAGCGGAUGAGGAAACAGCUGGGGCGCAAGACGCUGAGGAAGCAGAGGAAGCGGAGGAGCAGGACGACGAAGAGGAAGGCGAAGCAGACGAUCGCAUGCUCAAAAACUGCCGUGCCGCUACAGGAGAGGAUAAUUUGCUGUCUGUCAACGAGCUGCUCCAGCUACAUGAUGUUGGACGUCCACGUCCAGGCUCUGUCCCGUCACAACCCGAAGCGUCACCUCAACAGGUGCAAGCCGCGUCUGCAACGCACCUCGGCUCUGCAUAUGGCCUGCAUUAUGGUAGUGUUCAGGAUCCAUCCGAACAAGGCAACUUUUUUGGCUCCUCCGCUCGAGGCCGCGAACGCUGGGAUGACGCAGCUUGGACGCCAGAGACACCCAACUGCCACACGGGCGAUAGCACUGAGCCCAUGUGGACCAUCUUCUCCAGCCUCUUUUCUCUCACGCUCGACUACAUCUUCAUGCUGCCCAAGGCCAAUCCGUCCGUGUCGGAACAGUAUCCGACCGUGACGCGACUGCUUCGCACGCAUCGAACCGAGACGCUGCAGCCGGGUGUGCCGAGAAAGGGAGUCUGCGCUUCGGAUCACAUUGCUAUCGGCGCCGAAAUUGGAUUGUGA